AUAGCACUAGCCCUAGAUGGAGAAACACACGCACGUGACUUGUCUACGCACUGUGAUUCUGUGAAUCCCAGAUCCCCUUUCUACUCUAGCGCCGCUUGCUCUCCGCUCCUCACGCCGCCGCGCGACGAGAGCGCCGCUCGCUCCCCGCGUCUCACGGCGCCUUGCGCCGCCCGCCGACGAGGUCGCGUGUAGAUUGCUCGUAGGCCAUAGUGACGCCAACCCUCGCCUCAAUCGGCCCCGCUGCCAGCCCUCGCCUCCGUGGCUUCGUCGGCAUCAGUGCAACUACACCCCGAGGGAGCAGGAGUCAGGAGGGUGAACGAGACCACCCAAGCCAUCAUUUGUGCAUCUCUUUCAAGAUGAUUAUCUCUUUGCGUAUUUUUAUUGAUUCCUCAUUUGCAUUUUUCAGUUCUGGAAUGCCCCUUGAUUUCUGUUGCAGUAGCGGUUUAAUCCGGCCACUGAAUUGCAUUUGUUUUGCAGUAAUCGAUCAGUGCAAGCUAGUGAUAUAUCAUCAUAUCCAUUUUCCUUUGAAAUCUGUUGGUUUGUGAGCAUUUGCCCUCUUCCUCCUCCCACUGCACACGCCACUACUCUUUUUCCUUGUUGUGGCUCACGAGCUAAACGAGCUGGCUCGAGCUGACACACGAGCCGAGCCGAGCCGGUAAUCUAGCUCGUUAUCCUAACGAGCUAGACCGAGCCGAGCCAGCUUGAUAUCCACCCCUAAGCCCGCCUCCUCCCCGCGCCUCCCGGGGCAAAACUACCCCUCACCUUGGCGCGUAUUUACGUCUCUGCCACUCUAGUCUAGUCUCGCCUAGUCCCCCCUCCUGCUGCUUCGCUCACUUGCUCCUCUCGCUCUCUCUCUCCUCGAGUCUCCAUGCCGUGCUCGCGCUAUUAAUGUGGUGGUGGUGGUGGUGAACGGAGGAGGGAGGGAGCGGCGCGCGGCCGUGGCGGUGGAGGUGGAGGUGCGGAAAAGCCGCGGCGUUGUUGUCUUGCGUCGUCGUCGUUGUGGUUGUCGUUCGUGUUUGGGGGGGAGGUAAAUGCUUCGGUUCCGAAUCCCCAUCUUUCUCUUCCGUUCUUGCUGCUCUCGGUCGGUGGUGUUUGUUUGUUUGUCCUUUCUCCUGGAUUCUUCGGCCUGCGUGCCACGUCGUCUGGAGCUGCGAAAAUGUUUCCAAUUUUCUUUUUGUUUUUUUGGUUCUAUCUGUUCUUUGAGGUUAAUUCCUCUAUGGGGAAUUGUGCGUCGUUUCCUCUCUUCUUCUUUUGCCCCCUUUUGCGAGGUUUUUGUACCGCCUGCGAGAUCGUUCGGUAUGUACUAUGUAGGCCUUGAAAUUCUCCAUUUCUUUUGUUUCUUUUUUUUUCAUGUUCUUGGAUGCAUUUUGCAUUUGAGUUUUAUUAUGCUCUCCUUUGCAAGUUGCAAGGUUUUUCUAUGGAUGUUUGCAUCCAGGCGCCCGAUUGACUUCCAUCUACAAUCUGCAAUUUUUUUCUUGGCUCCGCCUAUCUCGGCAAGUUGUUUGCAUGGCAAUGCUGGUUAGGUAAAACCGCAGCAUAGUUCAUUGGGGCCUUGCAAGAUGAUUGAGGGGAGGAGGCACUCCGUUGACAUCCCGAUUUCGAGGGCUCUACUGGCCGUCAUGAGGUCCAGAUCUCUGAGGGACCCUGAGACCAACUCGCUGGCCAAGUUCUCGGCGAAGAAGACCAUCUGGGAGGGUUGUUCUCUCGAGGAAGAUGACCUGGAGGGGAGCAAUUAUGGUAGGCACAGCUUUAGUUACAACAUGUAUGAUCAUCUCCAGAGGAGGAGGGAGGAGUUUGGGGACAGCGCGAGGUCUGGUCGGCUGGUGAACUCGCCGAUCAACAUCAUCAAGGCCAAUGCGAGGGUCAAGGCGGCGCUUCAUAACCAGACCUGCUCCUCGGUGAUCUCGGGGAUGUCAAGGGCAACAAAGGACAGGGCAUCCUCUUUGAUGAUUGAAGGAGAGCAAUUGGGUCGGAGGGAGGGAGCUACAUUUCAAGAAAGCGCGAGAAGUUUGCUUCAAAAGUACCGGCCCAAGGCUUUCUCUGAGCUGGCUGGACAAAAUGUUGUUGCUCAGUCUCUUUCAAGUGCUGUUUUGAAAGGAAAACUUGCUCCAAUCUAUCUCUUCCAUGGUCCACAUGGCAUAGGAAAGACAUCUGCAGCUAGAAUAUUUGCCGCAUCACUGAAUUGCCACUCUUCAGGUGGGAACCAGCCUUGUGGGCACUGUGAGGAAUGCAUGGCCAUAUUCUCAGGAAACAGUAGCAGUGUGAUAGAGAUUGAUGCUUCUAAACUGGAUUGCAAAUCUAGAGUUGCUGCCUUGCUGAGGAAUGCCUGUGAAGUUCCUGCUUCUUCGCACUUCAAGGUUCUUAUUGUGGAUGAUUGCCAACACAUGGAUAAGGAGGGAUGGUACUCUGUCUACAGUAGCCUUGAAGGCAUCCCUGACAGCUCAAUCUUUGUGAUGAUCACAUCUGACAUUGAUAAACUGCCAAGUAAUUCAGUUGGAUGGUGCCAGAGCUACAGGUUUUGCAAGGUAGACGAAGCAGAGAUCGCCCUCCGAUUGAGUAGGAUUUGCAUAAAUGAAGGUAUGGAGUUCGAGGCCGAAGCACUGGAGCUUAUUGCUCGCAAGGCCAACGGUUCCAUUCGAGAUGCAGUUCAAAUGCUUGACCAGCUUACUCUGCUAGGAAAAAGGAUCAGCAAAUCAGUAACAUAUGACCUAAUAGGCGAUGUCUCAGAUGAGGAGUUGCUUGAUCUUCUUAAUCUGGCUUUUUCAUCGGAUGCUGCUACCAUUGUCAGGAGGGCUAGGGAGCUUUUGAGCUCAAAGGUUGACCCCCUGCAGUUAUUAGCUCAGCUUGCAAAUCUUAUCAUGGAUAUUUUAGCUGGGAGGCACCAGUCAGAUUCCCAAGAAGUUAGAAAGGUUACUGGUAAACAUACAUCGGCUGAAAUUGAUGUGCACAAACUUAGAAAUGCACUGGAAAUACUUUCUGAAACUGAAAAGCAGCUGAAAACCACAAAGAACCAGUCUACAUGGCUUACAGCAGCGCUGUUACAGUUUAAUAUGAGAGAGCCGUACUGCCUAGAUGAUGCUGCAGUUUCAAGCAUGUUCACAGAGAGUCAGACAGAUGAUGGGGCUGCUAUCUUGAAAGACGAAAGCUUAGAUACCAGUUCUCAUCUUUGCUAUCAGAACAAAAUCGGUUGUUUAGAUAUGAACUUAGGAGAUCCAGAUGUGCUCGAGACCAUAUGGAUUAAGGCUCUUGAGAACUGCACGUCUAAACCACUUCAUAGUCUGUUGAGAAAAGAUGGGAAGUUGUCAUCCCUGUACACCACUCAAGGUGUAGCAGUUGCUGAGCUGCAGUUCUGCCACCCCGAGGAUGUACCUACAACAGAGAGCUUUUGGAAUCCAUUUGUGGUUUCUCUGCAGAAUUUGCUAAAGUGCAAUGUGGAUAUCAGGAUCAAUCUUUCCCCAAUCUCCACCAGCAACAGAGUUGUAUCCAAGAAUUCAUCAGUAAGCCUGGUCAUGCAAUCCAGAGAAGAUCAGGAGACAGAAGAUCCAGUUGCCGCAGGUUGCAGAACAGUAGCUUCAUCAAGAAAAGAGUGCCCUUCUCCACUCGCGGUGCAACCAAAGGAGAAGCCGUCGCACAUUCUGGGGUGCCUCCAUGCUACAGAUGGCGACGCGGUGGAUACCGAGUCGAGGAUCUUGAGCUAUCAGAAGAUUUCAGUCAUACCUGAAGCAUCCACUCCAGGAAAUGGUUCCUUCAAAGCUGGAGGGCACACACCAAAGGUUGACGAAGCCAGAGCUCGCCGAGGCUGUUUCUCGAAGCUUCUACAGCGCCGUGCUGGUGCUCCUUAUCAAAAUGGAGCUUUGCCUCGCAGGGGACUGUUCAAAUGCUGUUUCUGCAAGAUCAGACCAGACUGCAAGACGAAAGUGGAAGAAACUGAUGGGUUCCAAGGGCACAGUAAAAACUGAAACAAGGGUUGAUGAUCAAGAUGAUGAAUUUCAUUUGGUUGAAGCUGACUACAAGUUGUCCAUUCUUGUAUACUGUUAUUUUAGAUGGGCUCUGGGUUAAGAUCACCUCAGUUUAGAUGAAAGUAUGUGAAUCUGUUAACUGCAUCUCUCUUGUGAGUUCUGACACAAUAGAUGCGCAUCACUGACUGAAAUGUUUUGAACAUCUCUGGUAGUAGCUCAAUGAUUGACCAUCAGUUGGAUCACAUAUUCACAUC